AUGUGGUGACGCAUGCUGAAAGAUCUUUUUUUGUCUUAAACUGCUUUAUUGCAUCUCCUCAGUUUCUGUUCCUGUUCUCUUUUGAGCAUCACUGUGGGGGGCCGUGAGGCAGGGUGUGGUGGCCUUCUGUUUUUUACCUUCAGAACAUUUUCGUCUCUUUCAGAGUAGCAUCGCAAGAACUGAUACACAGCACCUUCAGCUGGUUGUUUAAGCUUGCUGCAGUAGAAGUUCUCAUCUUGGCAGUCAGUCCAUCAUUUCUGACAAAGGAGGACUAAUUUCUCAACUGAGCAAUACGAUGGCACACAUCCUUUUCUCGGUAUCCUUUAACCAAGACCCCUGGCCUGAUGUUCAACAAGAGCGUCUGCCUGGUAAGAUCAGACUGUCCAUCUUCCUCAUCGCUGGAGUGUGUGGGAGUCUGCCAGUUCUAGCUUGGGCUCUCCACGUCUUCUAUCGUCACUAUAACAGCGCAGGCCGAAUCUCAGCCUUUGUCGUCAUGCUCCUUCUCUGUGACCUGCUGGUGCUGUUUCUGACUCCGUAUGUAGUGACAAAUUUGUUGCAGGCUGAAAGUUGUUGGGAUAAUAUGACCUGCAAGAUGCUGUCCUCUUUAUGGGCCGGGUCCGAAACCUAUGGCCUUCACCUCCAACAAGUGGUGGGGCUGGAGGGCGCUCUCGCUCUGAGAAAUCCAAUCGCCUGGAAUUAUUCUUUCUUUCAUUCCUGCUCCAUCAUACUCUCCAUCGUUGCACUUCUUUGCUUCUCCCUCUGCGAGUUCUUCAGUGUGGACCACCUUGUACUCUUGGGUCUGCCGCUUCUUUUCACCAUAACGCUGACGUCAUGGAUAGUCACCUGUAGAGCUCCACCCCACAUCAGUGAUGGCCCUUGCACAACAUGGAAGUCAAGUUCUGCAGUGUUGGCUUUAGUCACGUUCACCCUGGUCCUGUAUGUGAUCUUUGCCAGCAUGUGUUUACUUCUGAGGAACUACUCAGGACAUUACCAGAAUCCAAAGUACUGGAAUCUGUGUGUGACGUGUUUAUCUCUGAUGAGUUUGAGGGUGGUCUUUGACCCCCUGCUGUGUGUGCUUGUCCACAGAAGGAAUCUCAGAGUCCAGACACAGCAAAACACACACAGAGCUUAUGAUUGAGGUUAACAGCUCGUCCACAGCUGAAUAUUUGAGAUCAGCUAGAUUUUGACUGGUGCAGCUUUCUACAUAUUUACCUGAUUAGACAACGUGCUGCAUAUUUAAGAGGUCAAGGAGCAUUUCUCAGUUUCAUCGUCUCACAUAAUUAGCGACGCAGGAAAUGACCAGUUCCACGGAACAUCAAGUAUAGAAUCUAAUUAUAAAGAUAUGCCUGAAACAAUAUAGAGCUACAACUACACUGUAAUUUCUACCAUAAUGUACUACGUUCAAGCCAGUAUGAUAAUUUGUGUUUUAGACUUCUAUUCAUCAUUGCUUGUUCGUUUUUGGGAAAACAUUUGCAGAACAGACAGAUUGUACUGUAUCAAAGACCUUACUUUACUACUACUGUAAUAUUAUUGUAACAACAUUGUAAUAAUACUUC